CUUCAAACAUUCUUUUCAGACAACAGACCUGAUCAGCACAGCUGGAUACGACAACAUUGUCCAGCACUUGAACGACGGCCGGAAGAACUGCAAAGAAUUUGAGGAUUUUUUGCGAGAAAGGGCUUCUAUAGAAGAAAGAUAUGGGAAGGAGCUGAUGAACCUGUCACGGAAGAAGCCGUGUGGACAGACAGAGCUAAACACCCUGAGAAGAGCACUGGAGGUUUUCAAGCAACGAGUGGAGACGGUUGGCCAGAUCCAUAUGCAGCUAGCCCAGAACCUCAGGGAAGAAGCCAAGAAAAUGGAGGAUUUCAGAGAAAAGCAAAAAUUUCACCGUAAAAAGAUUGAACUAAUAAUGGAUGCCAUUCAUAAAAACCGGAAUCUGCAGUACAAGAAAACCUUAGAACUGUUCGUGAAGCUUGCCCAGGCGAAGACUGCCCUGGAAGACUCGGACAGGCUGUAUCAGAAUAACGUCAACGCUCUCGAGAAGAUUAGGGAAGAGUGGCAGAACGAGCAUGUCAAGGCUUGCGAGUUCUUCGAGAGCCAAGAAUGUGAGCGGAUCAACUAUUUCCGGAAUGCGUUGUGGUUCCAUGUCAAUCAGCUGUCUGAAGCUUGCGUCAGGAAUGAUGAUAACUACGAAGAGAUCCGCAAAGCCCUGGAGCAGUGCAGCAUCGGGAAUGACAUAGAGUGUUUUGUACAUAUUCGCAAGACCGGCAACAUCCCGCCAGCUCCUGUAGUCUACGAAAAUUAUUACAACACACAAAGGAACACAGGACCUAGAAGAAGUCAGCUUCCAGUGCCUGGCACGAGACCCCAGAUGCCCAUCCCUUCCAGUGAACCAGGGGAAGCCAACUACGCUACUGUGGAUGGGUAUAGCUUAAUUCAUCCUCACUAGCCCAGAGAUGAUCUCGGAAUCUUUCCUUCGACGAUACCUCUAUGAGGAAAAUGAAAUAGCAGCCAUUUUAAAAGCUGUCUCAAUCCCCUUCCCCAAAUGGAGUUUUGCUGAUUUUGGGGGGGGGGUGCAUUAAUUAUUCUUUAAAACAAGCCAAAGAGAACAUUUUGGAAAGGUGGAGGAUGCUUCCACAGCAGAAAAGUACUGAGACGACGCUAAUUUUCUGGCAGAUAACACCCAUUAUUUCUGUUGUUUUAUUCCUUUGAAAGAAGGGCAAAAGCCCCUGCAGGGAUGUUCGCAGGAUGUGGUCGAAAAAGUCAAGAUGGCAGCUGUAGCAUCCACUGCAUCCUUAGAUCCACAAGUUUACCCUUUUUUGACCACAUCUUUGGACCCCUGCCUUUUUUAUUCGUAGGGGUGUGUAACAUCUAAAGAAUUAAACCUAUGUCUGAAUGACCUUGAAAGUGGGUUUCUUGGGAGACAUUGUAGUUUCUACCUGACCUACCUCACAGGGUGGUUGUGAGGAUGGAUCAAGACAAUCCCACGAUAUUAGCCUUAAUUCUUGGAUCUUACUUAAUUAUGUUAGUUAGAGAGUGGUGGGAAAGCUUCUAGAGUUUUGAUUGCCUUCCCCUUUUUUUUUUAGUUUGCCCAAAAUCCGGUGAAAUCUAGAGCAAAUGGACUCUUCCUGAUUUGUUAAGCACUAAGAAUUAAAUACUUAUUUGUCUGCAAA